AGCAGCUCUGCAGAGAACCAAUGCGACGCUGGGGAUACAUUACGUGAUUAAUGAGAUUGACUUUGAUGAAGGAUGCUCAUUGGCCAGUUCAGCCUAUUUACUUGAACACACCGAUGUGUUGUUGACCCCGCAUGGAUCGCAGGAAGCUGCGGCUUUAUUUAUGAAAGACAAUGGAGUUGUGCUGAGUAUUGAUGGACGAGGCUACCAAGAAAUAUGGUUUCAUUUUGUUAUGACCGCUAUGGGAAGACGGUUCUACAACUUUGAGUGCCAUGAAGAUAUAUGUACAGAAAUUGACCGCAAAUUGUUUGACAAGAUGAGAAACAUAUACAAAUUUCCAAUGAUUCCAUCCGAAGAGGAGAUCCAGGGCUGUCUGGCUUGGGAGAACGGGGUGUUGGUUCGGGACUGUUAUCGUGCGCGGUUGAAAGAAAGACACAUAUACAGAGAAGAUGACGAGGCAAGACUUGUGGAAGGGAUAUCAAGCUAUCUCAAAGACACGCCUAGAAAGGUGAAUGUGGCGCGUCUGAUGCCAUUCCUGGAACGGACAUUGAGAGAAAUGAGCGAAUUUGAGCAUGAAAACGCAGACUAUCGUAUGAUAUGUGACGCUAAGAAAUGUUGUGGUGAUGCCUGCGAAUGGGCACUCGAGACGGUUGUGUAUGGAUCUCAGCUUGAGGGGAGAAUGAAGGCCUGGCCUGAUAAAAUAGGGGAACCUCAAGGCAAUUGGAUCGAGUAAAACCUUUAUGAUUUCUGAUGUUUUUUCUUUAUUUAUUUUUAUAUACUAGAACCUUUUCGUACUAUAAACACACAUCAUAUACUUCGAUUUUUUUUUCAACAAUAAAAAUAAAAAAAAUAAAAUUGAAAUUGAAUUGAAACCC